CGAUAGUUAAGUAGGGGACGAGUGGUGGAACGUUCUACAUCAUAUCUGCCAUAGUUCAUUUUUUCAAACAACGUAAUGAACGGAUUCCGGAACUGGAAAAUUCAAUCUGGCUUAUAGAUUUUGGUUUUCUUGUGGAUAUUACAGAAAAAUUAAAUAAGCAUAAUCUGCAGUUUCAGGGGAGAGACAAAGAACUAGCAGAAAUGAUUUCUGAUAUAAAAGUGUUUUGGCAACAAAACUUAAUCGAUGGCGAUACCAGGCAUUUUCCUGUUCUUUCAGAAAGGAUAUCUCAAAGUCCAUUAGAACCAUAUGACAGUAAAGAUCAUGUAGAAAUAGUCUCUAGCUUGAAGAAUAACUUCAAAAAUCGUUUCAAGGGUUUCAACGAAAUUGCUACAGUUGCGCAAUUUUUUGUUUCACCUUUAAUGGAAAUUGAUAUCCAACAGUUUGCAACUUCUGUUACGCAGAAUUUUAGCGAAGACAUCGUUGCGACAAAAAUGGAAUUAUUUGAGCAGACGAAAAACAGUUAUGCCUGGGUAAUGGCAUAG